GCAGGGGAUACAAAGAAGAACAUGUAACUAGCUAUGCACAUUCGUCUUUCUUAUGAACACAAAGCUUUCACUUUCUCUAUAUGCUUUUUCUCUUUUUCUUCUGUCUUUAUAUAUCAUAGAGGUGCUCAUGAUAAUACCACAGCAUAAACAUGCAGAAAAUACUUUCUUCUCUUCUUUAUAUUGAUUAUACGCUGCUCCAACUGUUCUACUAUUUCCUUUUCAUCAAAACUUUUUCAGGAAGCAAAAACAGGAAAGGGCUUUCACAGAUUUUCAGAUUUUCUUCUGCAUUUUGCCACAUCUUCUGAUAUAUAUGGGUAUAGACAUUAAAAAACAUGAUGAUUUCACUGCCUGCCUGCAAACAAGCACAGCCCCUUCUAAAUUUUCCAAAGGGACUUCACAUGGAUCAAUUUAUUCCGCGGCGCCAAAAGGACAAGGUUGUUAUAGUAGUUGGUGCAACGGGGACGGGUAAAUCAAGACUUUCCAUUGAUUUAGCCACCCGUUUUAAUGCAGAGAUUGUGAAUUCGGAUAAAAUGCAAGUGUACAAAGGUCUUGACAUAGUAACAAACAAAGUGAAAGAAGAAGAGUGUCGUGGAAUUCCCCACCAUUUGUUAGGAAUAAUUGAUCCUGAUGUGGACUUCACUUCUGAUGAUUUUGUGCACCAUGCAUCUCUAGCAGUUGAUUCCAUUAUGAGAAAAGGCCGGCUGCCGAUAAUUGCCGGUGGCUCGAAUUCAUACAUCAAGGCAUUGGUGAAUGAUGAUAUAGAGUUUCAAUCAAAAUAUGAAUGUUGCUUCCUUUGGGUGAAUGCAUCUAUGGCAAUCCUGCAUUCAUUUGUUUCGAAACGCGUUGAUCAAAUGGUUGACACAGGUUUGGUUGAUGAAGCUAGGGAAUUUUUCGACCUCGAGGCAAAUUAUACACGGGGAAUCAAACGUGCCAUUGGUGUGCCAGAAAUGGAUGAAUAUUUCAGGAAUGAGUCAGUUGAUGAUGAUGAAACGAGGGCUAGGCUUCUUAAGGCGGCAAUCUAUAAAAUCAAAGAAAACACUUGCAAAUUGGCGUCUCGUCAACACCAAAAUAUUCUUAGGCUCCAGAACCAACUGAAAUGGAAUAUGCACCACCUCGACGCGACGGAGGCAUUCCUCAAACGUGGGGUGGGGGCUGAUGAAGCUUGGGAAAGGAUUGUGGCCGGGCCAAGCACCCGAAUUGUUGGCUGCUUCCUCCACAAACAAGACAUCAAUCUCAUAUCAGCCAUAACAACACCACCACCCAUGACCACAGCAGCCGUCAUCGGUACCACAAACAUCACCUCAGUCGCAGCCGCCAUCCGCUAAUAGGAUCCCACCUAUCAAUGAUCAGCGUCAGCCUUGGAGAUAAAUCUUCGUAAAGGCCACGUAGCAGACACCCAUAAUCUACGGUUACCUUUUCUACUUUACAAAGGUUGCUGUCAAGUCAUGAAGUACCUAGAUUUGGGGGCCGUACAGCUUGAAGCAUUUCAGAAAUCUGUGUUGGGCUUCUUCUAAUUUCUUUUUCUAUUUAAUUAAACUACAACGUGUUGCAGGUUUUAUUAAAAAUGAAUAAACAUAGUACAUAUUUUGGAUGGAAUUGGUGCAAAAUAGAGAAAAAAGUAAAAGCUCAGAAAUCACACUUCAUGUGAUAUAACUAUACUUCUUGUGAUCAUAGACCGAACUUGCACGAGCUUAAUUUUCGGACAUGGGUUAGCAUUGCAAAUUGUAGGUUCUGUGGGGACACAAUAUUUUGUGAUGUGAUGAGAAACGCUUACAUGUACAUAAUGAUUUGUAAAAUGUCAACUACCAAUAUUUCAUUGGAUUUUGAAUAAAAAAUAAAGUUAA